AUGUUUUAUGAUGCAAAUGUUUGUGUAAAGAAGAAAUUGAAUUUGGUGGGUCUUUUACAGAAUUUCAGUCCUAGGAAACAGGAUGAUGAUGUUAUGAGCAAAAAUGUUUUCAGGUUUGCUUGGAAUUCCAUUUUGCCCAAACCCUGUGUUCAAAAUCUGUUGGGAGUUUUGGUUGAAAUCUACUCAAGGAAUUCAGAGUUUGUGUUGGGUUUUGGCAAACCCCUAGAAGAUUCUUUGGGUAUGCUCAGAGGAAAAUGGGAGGGAUUGGAAGAAGUUAAGUUGAUUCUUUCUGAUUUGUGGCCAAAACACCUUAAGCAUGUGCAGAGUGUCUUGGCUCGAGUGCAAGAUCCAAACCUGACCAGAAAGAAACAUAAAUGUCAGUUUGCUCAAGGAGAAGUGAUUCCCUUGGAAUUCAGGGUGGGGUCAGGAAACGUCAAAUCUCUAGAGGCCAAGGUGCAAUACAUUCAAGAUUGGCCCCGCCCCGUGGUGGAACAAGAUGUGCAGUCGUUCAUAGGGUUGGUAAAUUAUUAUAGGAAGGGUGUCAAUCAGUUUGCCACAUUAGCUGCUCCUCUUACCAACCGUUGUGAGAAAUCUUUGCCAGUCAAAGUAGAUUGGACUGAAGAGUGUCAACGGGCUUUUGAUCUGUUAAAACAUGCCCUUGUGAGUUCCCAAGUUAUGUUGGCCCCGGAUCAGAGACGUCCGUUUGUGGUGCAAACUGAUGCCAGUCAGACCGGGCUAGGAGCAGUUUUGCUCCAAGAAGAUCAAGAGGGAAAUUGGCGUCCCGUGGUUUACCUGAGUAAAAAACUGAUAACCCGGGAGCAAAAUUAUUCAGCCAUUGAGAAAGAGUGUUUUGCUUUGGUCUGGGCUCUGACCAAACUGCGUUCUUAUCUGUGGGGCAACAUCUUUGAAGUUCAAACGGAUCACUCCCCACUUUGUUGGCUGGAGAGAGUAAAGGCAUCCAACCAGAAAUUGCUUCGGUGGAGUCUAGCCUUACAGGACUUCCAGUUUAACGUCACACAUAUUGCUGGGAAGGACAAUGUGGUUGCUGAUACCUUGUCUAGGAUGUAUCAAUCUGUUAAAUGA